UCCGGGCUGCGGUUUAGAGUUACAUAUGAAAAGAGCCCAACGAAAGUCGGUCGUUCUUCGGCGCACUUCUUGACAAUAAUGUGACCUGGACGCGGGUGAAGAUGUUCGUCUUCGGCUUUCCACUACUCCUUCUGGCCUUGGCCUGGACCGUCGGACCUUCGCACCCCGCCUCCUUCUACGGGGUGAGUCACCUGUCGGUUCCCCUGCAAGACUCCAAGAGCAAGACCGACGUCUACUUCCGGUUCCUAACUCACCGCGCCGACUGCCUGCUCUUCUUGGCCGCCGGCUCCAUAGACUAUUGCCUGGUGGUGCUGGAAGCCGGGGAAAUCAAGGUCCGAAUCAAUUUGGGUGCCGGCGAAGCCGUGCUCAAUUCUCCUCACGGGCUGAAACUCAACGAUCUUCUGUGGCACGAAGUAGAAAUCCAUCGGACGGAUGCCGAACUGACUCUUAACAUCGACAACAUCCACUCGACCUUCCUGGACAUCCCCGGACGCUUCUUCGAACUCAACAUCAAAUUCGGCAUCUUCGUCGGCGGUUUGGGAGGGUUCGACGAACUCUUCCUGGGAAAUCUACACAAUUUCCGGGGUUGUCUGGACGAGCUGACCUUCAACGACAACGACAUCCUCAAAUUGGCCAGCGAGAGUUCCGACAAGAGAAACAUCUUCGGUGUAACUUGGGACUGCAGCGACCAGUUCGAGGCUUCUUCUCAUCAGCCAAUCAGUUUCGUGCAGAGAGGCUCCUACGUCACCUUUCCGGGAUGGAAUUCCAGAAGCGGCGGCUCCGUCUCUUUUAAUAUAAAAACUCAGUCUUCCAUGGCCGUUCUCUUCUACAAUUCCGGAAUCCCCGCUAAACCCGAUUUCUUCUCUCUAGAGAUCAUCAAUGGUAAGCUCGUCUUCUCCGUCAACGAGGGCAACGGAGUGCUGGUUUUGCAGUCGGAAGUGGUGGUCAGCGACGGAAUUUGGCACGGAGUCGAUCUGCAGUUCAGUCCAACUUACGUAGAGAUAGCCGUCGACGGUCAAGCCAAGAAUCUAAGGCCGGGAUUAGGAGAAAAUCGCUAUUUCGAUUUGGCGGGUUACCUAUACGUAGGGGGCAUCGAAUUAAACAAGCAAUCGAGGGCCCUGCAGCAAGGUUUGCAGUCGGUUCUGGCCGUGGGCGUGGACAGCUCUUUGAGAGGAUGCAUCAAAAAUUUGAAAAUUAGCAAUCAAUUAAUGGGAUUCAGAGAAGUGAUUGGAACUCACGGAGUGCAGACGGACUGUGUUUGGGAAUACCCCUGUCUUCAAGAUCCCUGCGUACCUCAUGCCGAGUGUUUUCAAGAAGGAACGGACAGUUUUCGUUGCAUGUGUGACGGAUCGGUUUGCGUCAGAGCAAACUUUUCGUCUACUUAUAAACUUUACACUAAAUCAUCGUUACCUAUAGACUUGGAAAUAUUAACUCUACAGCCCCUAGAGAUUUCGGAAGGAGGAAGCGAUCUUAUAACUUCCGAACAUAUUCAAGUCGUAUUAGAUUAUCAAAAAUUUGGGGUGAGGGAUAGUGAAGUGUUAUUUCACAUUCUAGAACCUCCCCGCCACGGAACUUUGGAGAUAGAAAUCUGGAGGAGGAGUGCCGAUAGCAUUUUUACUUUACUCGAUUUGAAUACGGAUAAGAUACGAUACACUCACCAGGGAAGUGAGGAUCAUCGCGACAGCAUUACUUUCGAACUGGAAUUUCGAGAGAGAAAUCAUCGUCUACCGGUUUACUUGGAACAGAGGCACAGGUUUCUCUUUCACAUUCACAUAUCCCCCGUUAACGAUCCUCCUCGACUUAAGCUGCCACCCAACAGAGUUAUGAGAUUGGCUAAGAACACCAAAAAGAAUUUAGGUCAAGAUAUACUGGACGCGGACGAUCCCGAUACGGGGCCGGGCGAUCUUGUGUACACUGUGCUAAAUUUGGGCAGUGACAACGAAGGUUUCAUCGAGAACGCCAAGAACCCGGGCCAGCCUAUAGAAACUUUUACUCAGGAGGAAAUCAACAAUGGCGUCAUCAGUUACGUACACAGAGGCGUUGCCAAUUCUCGAAUUGCCUUGAGAGUGAGCGACGGUAUAGAAGCCGGGCAGACGGGAAUUCUAAGGGUGGUUACUUUCGACCUGGCCCUUUCUUUGGUUAAUAAUACGGGUUUGCUGUUACCGUACGACUCCAGCGCCCUUAUAUUAUCAGAUAAUCUGACUUUUACCACGAAUUCGCCGGAUCAGUCUUUAGAAAUAAGAUACGACAUCACCCGAUUGCCCCAAUACGGGGUUAUUCAGAGACUGAGAGGAAACGAACGAUGGCAACCGGUCAACCAUUUCACUCAGAGACAGGUGAAAAAGGAAAAGAUUAGAUACAUUCAUCAAAACGGACGACCGAGCUACGACGAUUUCAAAUUUGUGGUGUCUUGCGCGGACUUGAAAGUGGCCAACGUCUACGAUUUUAGAAUUACUUUUAUCGCCGUCAACUUAAGGAGGAUCGUGGAUAAAGAGUUGAUACUAGAAAGAGUGUUGGAAGGACAUUUGUCAGAUGGGGAAGUAAAGUUCGAAACCAAUCCCAUUUCCACUCCCGCCGACCAAAUAGUGUACACCGUUCUUAAUCCACCCAUCUACGGAAACCUGGUGCUCUUCCAGUCUUCGAAUUUAGAGCACAGACACAAAAAAUUGGACGUCGGUACCACUUUUACGCAACAGGACAUCGACAGUAAGCACGUCAAGUACAAACUUCACAGACGAUCGUAUUCCGCAGUUAGCGAUCGUUUCGACUACAGGGUGAACUGCCCGGGAGGUGCGGCCUCCGAUAUUUUAACUUUCCACAUUCGUCACGUACCGGGAGAAACCGACGUCACCAUAGUGAACGAAAAAUUGACGGUUCUGGAAGGCGAUCGAGCGGUCAUAACCAAGUCGCAUCUGCACAUCGAAACACCCAAAUACACAGAUAUUAUCUAUAACAUCACGUCGUAUCCUAAACACGGCAUUCUGGGAAUCUUGGAUCCGACUCACACGUCGACGGAAGAACAUCCUCUGUUUUUCACUACGGACCAGAUCGCGGCUCGCAGAGUAGUUUACACUCACGACGACAGCGAACACGACACCGACAGAAUUCAGUUCGUGGCUCACGAAGAAUCCGCAACGGACGGCUUCGUAUACUACGGCGUUCUUCACGUAAACGUCAUAAUGAAGAACGACAAUUCCCCCACUCGCGCCGUCGAGAAGCCUUUUCACGUGGUGAUCAACGGAAAGAAGAGACUGACGGGAAGAGACGUUCGCUACGUGGACCUGGACAUCGACUCGAAAACGUCCGACAUUCAGUACACGCGAAGGGGAAUUCCCAACGGAGGAUUGUACCACGUGGAUAAUCCCGACACGCAAGUGUAUCAGUUUUCUCAGGACGAUUUAGACAAGGGUAAAAUCGUUUUCAAACAUAACGGUGCGAAUUACGGAAAGGCCGUGCUGUGGGUAACAGACGGACAGUUCUACGCCACCGGAGUGUUAGAGAUCGAGGCUUCGGAACCCUUCCUGAGAGUGUCGAGCAACACCGGUCUGGUGGUCAGAAGAGGGGAGAACGCUCCCCUGACCUCGGCCAACUUGACGGUCGAGACCAACUUGGACACGGAACCCGCCGAAAUCAUCUACAAGGUGGUUUCGGUGCCGAAGCACGGAGACCUGCUGAUCGGAGGAAAGCAAAUAACUCAAUUCACUCAGAAGGAACUGGACGAGGCUGCCAUCAAGUACGAAAACGACAACAGCGACGUCUUCUUCGACUCGUUUCUCUUCACCGUUCAGAUGGACGACAUCCAGGUAAAGGACACUUUCCCCAUCAAGAUUUACCCGGAUAUCUACUGGAAGCCGCUGCAGGUGAUCAGCAACAAGACGCUGUACGUGGACGAAGGAAAGAGCGUGGUCAUCGAUCCGUCGUCUUUGAAGGUGGCUCACGUCAACAUCAACCCCAGCAACAUCACCUACCUGGUCACGGAGCCUCCCCGGCACGGAUUUCUGCGACUGGGAUCGGCCGAGCGGGAGGCGGAUAAAGACCCUCUUCUGAAAACCUUCAACCAAGCCGCGGUCAACGACGGGAAAUUAGUUUACGUGCAAACGGACAAGAACGUUUCGACGGACUUUUUUUCCUUCACCGUCACCAACGGCAUCACGGCUUUGAAGGACCUGAAAUUCGCUUUCAACGUCGUUUCCAAAGUAAUCUUGAUCAAGACGGGCAACAUCUCGGUCCUGGAAGGACAAGAAGGGAAGAUCACCACCGACGACAUAACGGUGGCCAACGCCUACUACGCCCAGCGGGUGACGGAGUAUUUGGUGGUGGAACAACCUCAACACGGAUACAUUCGCAACGUCAAGCAACCCGACGUGAAAUUAGAAGGUUUCCAGACGUCGCAGCUGUCUUUGGGGCUGAUCCGCUACGUCCACGACGGCAGCGAAACUUCGCGCGACUGGUUCACCCUGGUAGCUCACGCGCCCAGCCUGAAGAAGGAGAGCGCUCCUAGUACCAUCCACGUGACCGUAGAACUGGUAAACGACGAAGCUCCCCACGUGGUUAACAAUACGGGAUUAGAGGUGUGGGAAGGAGCGGUCACGGUCAUUUCCAACCGUCAUUUGGCGGCUGCGGACGACGAUUCCGAAGCGGAAGACCUGCAUUUUGUCAUUUCCACUCCCAGCAACGGUUACGUGGCUCUGAAAAACGACACCCGUACUCCGGUUCUGAGUUUCACCCAGGAUCAGAUCAACAAAGGAAUGGUGGUCUUCGUGCAUACAGGAGAAAAGGCGGGAGGAUUCAGACUGGAGGUGAACGACGGACUCAUCUCCGGCUCGUCUAGCGUCUUCACCAUAACGGCCAAAUCUUUGCGAAUGGUGAUGGAAGUCAACGAAAAGUUGAACGUGCUACCCAGAAUGCAGCAGUCUAUCACCAAAGAUCACUUGUUGGUCACCACAAACGACCAGGACAGCGGCCGGGAGAUCGUUUAUCGCGUGAUCCGGGAGCCUUCUCUGGGCAGAAUCCUGUUGGAAAAUCCGGACGGAUCUUUAAGUUUGGCCACUCAAUUCACCCAGAACCAGAUUAACAAAAACCUAGUGUUGUACGAACAGACGGAAUCCAUCACGGGUUUGACGGCGGUGGACGAGAUCGGCUUCGACGUGGAAACUCAACACGCCGAAACGCUAAGAGGCGUGAAUUUCCAAAUAGAAAUCUCCGUCGGCAACUUCGGAUCGGGAAACUUCGAUCAGAUGGUGGAGUUGCAUCCUCUGACGGUGAAGGAAGGAGGCAAAACGGCCAUCAGCCAGGAGCACGUCGACCUGAGCAGACUCUCCGGUCUGUGGCAGGGCAAAGGAAAGAGCGAAUUCGCCAAGAAGUUGAAAAUAAGCGUCUGGGACCAACCUCUUCACGGGUGGGUGGAGGUGGACGGAGAGAACUCCACUUAUUCUAAAGUAUCGUUCACGCGAGAAGACAUGAGAAAGAAAAGAGUGUUUUACGUCCACGAUGAUUCCGACACCUUUUCGGACUCCGUGUCUUUGGCGUUUUAUUUGAACGGCGACGACACCAUUCAGGACAUUCUACUCUUUAACAAAACUUUAAACGUGACCGUCAGACCCGUCAACGACGGCAUUUUCCAGCUGCUGACCAAGGUUCCGCGACUGGACGUGGUGCAGGGACAGCGCGCGGCCCUGACCGGCCACAACCUGAACACUACCGAUCCGGACAACGUUCCUUCCGACAUCGUCUACGAAAUCAUCAGCAAGCCCAGCAAUGGAAUUUUGGUUUACGGAGUUAACGGUUCCAAUCCCAUUUACAACUUCACCCAAGAAGACGUGGACCGGAGUCGCGUGUACUUCGUCCAGGACGGGACCAACGACACCGGCUCCUUUCAUUUUAAAGUCAGCGACGGCAAACACAAGGCGGUGUACACCGCUUUCAACAUCUACGUGGAGCCCCUAUCUCUGGAACUUGUCAACUGCAGCCGCAUCGAAGUACUGCAGGGCUCGACGGCAGUCUUCGUUCGACGUCAAAAUCUUGGCGCUGUCACCAACGGCAACAGGGAAGACAUUUGGUACAACGUCACCAGGGAACCGGAAUUCGGAAAAAUUUUUCUGGGCGACGACAUCGUCACGCAGUUCAGGCAGGUGGACGUCGACGCCGAGACCGUUUUAUACAUGCAACUGGACCUGACGGUGUUCUUCGAUCGGUUCGCGGUCAGCGUCUCCAACCGCGAAAACGUCAUAGCCGAUCGGACCGUCGACGUUACCGUGGUUCCGCUGGUCAAGCAAAGACCGUUUAACGCCACUUCCGGAACCUCCACUGCAUUGACGCUGAAAGCGCUGAACGCCAGCGAGUUGGCCCUGCAGACCAAGAGCGACCCCGUGUACACCGUAACCAGAGGGCCGAAGUACGGGGUUCUGAAGCUGAAGGAAGGGAGGAAGGAAAGGGAGACGCCGGAGCAAUUUCGAUUUACUCACGGGGACGUGGCGGAAGGUAAAUUGACCUACGACAGCGGCCACGUGGACUUUAGGGGUUCAGUCUCCGACAGCUUCGAGUACCUGUUGACCGCCCCCAACGUGCAGCCGGCCAAGGGAAAGUUCGUCAUCGUUCUGAGACCCGGAACGGGCACCGCGGCCUCGGAGGCUCCCGCAGGCAAAUCGCCACCCGAUCACGACACGGUCAGCGUGUCCACCACCCCGUCGGCACGGGACUACACCACCGGAAAAACGGCGAUAGAAGGCGUGGCCGAAGAACCCCCUCCCGCCGCCGCCCCAGGCGACGGAUUCGUCUUGAGCAGCGAUCACUUGCUGACGGUGGGAGUGGCGGUGGGAGUGGCCGUCCUGCUGUCGGUGCUGGUGGUGGCGGUCAAGUGCCAAAAGACCAGGAAGCGAAAGAAAAAAAGGGAGAAGAAACGGCCGGACGGAAAAGUUCCGGGUUCGCACACGGCCCAGACGGAGUUGGACGCCUCGGAUCACCUGCCGUCCAACGGAAGUCUGUCCCUGUCGGACGAUCUGCCUCCUCCCGCUCCUCCCACCUCUCCAUCCAGCACCGGAAGUCGCAGCGGAAGCGCCACUCCGCGCCAGAGGACGUCGGGGUCCCGAUGCAAGAGCGGAGAAGGGACGCUGCCUCCUCCCCCUCCGCCGCCGUACCUGACCGAGGGACUGGGCGACUGGACCGAGGUCAGUCCCACGGUGCCCACCUGCAAAGUGACCCCUCUCAGUCACCGCGAGAGGUCGGAACUGGGCGAGACCGCCCUCAAGUCGCCCUUCGCGGAAAUGGCGGAUCGAGAGGAGUGGAACCACUACGACCCGGGCGACAUCAGGUACGGGCCUCCGAGCAAUCUGAUGCUGAGGAAGAACCAGUACUGGGUGUGAGACGGCGCCCGGAACGUCGGAGCCGCGGGAGGAGCCGCACUUUCUACUCUUUACUCCGAGGAAACUCGGCCGCCUCGACCACGGAGGGUCGGGCGCCGGCCGCGCCCUCUGCACAAUCAGUACAAAACGACGACGCCCUCUUUCGCAUCCCCUUCCUUCCGCCCGCAGAUCGGUCCCUCCCCUUUACUCCCAACUUCCUCCCGCGCUUCCACAGGCGUUCCCCACGUCUAGAUUACUUUAGAGACGUUAGUUAGAGCCGGA